CAGAGGACGGACCUGUAACUUUCCACCAUAUCCACCACACAGCUUCGUAUGAAAUCUAACUUUAACCUCCAAACCUAAAGGUUCAAUCUAUAAAUCUGAAGGUCGAUUUAUAAUAAUCAAACAUCUGGAAUAACAGGAUCAGUGGAGACUGAAAAUGUCUGCUGUAACAUCACUGUGGACUUUACUGUCCCUCUGUCUCCUGGUCUCUGCCUCUGAAGUUCAGAACAUCACAGCUGUUCCAGGACAGACUGUCACUCUGCCAUGUCGAGCUCCAAACACCAACAUCAUAGUUGUAGAGUGGACCAGAACUGAUCUGAAGACAGAAAAAUAUGUCUUUUUUCAGCGGGGCAGUCAGCCUGUUACAGACAAACAGCAUCCAUCUUUUCAGAACAGGGUGGAGCUGGUGGACAGACAGAUGAAGGACGGUGACGUGUCUUUGACUCUGAAGAAUGUGAAGAGAGAGGACACAGGAAGAUACGAGUGUCGAGUCGUCCAGAGAGAAACAAACCGCAGGAAGAGAUCUUACCUGAACACUGAGCUCAUCAACAUCAUCAACCUGGAUGUUCAUUCCUCAGCUCACACACAGGGACACAGGGAGGAGGGAGGAGACACAGGUGGACACAGUGAGGGACAUGUUGGACUGGCAGCUGGUCUCUCAGUUGUUGCUGUGGUUGCUCUUGUUGUUGCUUUGGGGAUCUUCAUGUAUAAAAGACACAUGAAGAAGAAUCCUCCUCCUCCUGCUGCUGCUGCUGCUGCUGCUGAAGAAGAAGCAGGUGAACAGAUGUUAUGACACAGUGACAGUAAAGAUCAGCUGCUGCUGUAAAUCCCUGUCAGCCUCUCUCUGUGACAGCAGCAGACAAACCACUGUCCACUCCCUCAGAGACCAUCAAACACCAGCAGGAGUGGAGACGUGUCUCAGCUCAGCUCCAACAUUCACAUGGACACGGAGCCAAAACAAAGGAAAGAACCAGUGACGAGGAAACAGAUCUGGGACAGAGUUCAACUGUAAAUCAGUGUUUGAGUCAAAGUCUGCUCCUGUCCUUUUACCCCCCUCCCUGAGUUCCUACCUUAUCGUGGUGGUGUUGGGGUUUGUGAGCUCAGAGGAUCCUGGGAGCCAUAGGCAUUUCUAGCCCAUUUUUGGGGAUGCUGAAGACCCCCUAAAUUGAAUCCCAGCACCCCUAAAAUUUGAGAGAUUUAGUAGUACCAUACAGUACUUGGUUGAAACGUAAUAUUUAACAAAAAACAUCAGCACCCCCCCCCUUGCCUCUAAAAUGGUUUGAUCCACCCCAUGCGGGCCACCUUUCCAGGGCUCUGAGCGCUCUAUCUGCACAGAGCAAUACGCUGCCUUUACCUCAGUGGUGUAAGUACAUGGCUUAAACCAGGAUAUAUAUGGCGCAAUUGUUCAAUCAUUGAUAAAUCUGCUGAUACCUCCACUAACAUUGGCACAUGUUGUGCAUUGCAAUUAAAAUAACAGUCCAAAAAAUAAACACAUGGUCACUUUUUUGAAUGUUUGGUACUCACUAUAGGAGGCUGGUUUACUCCAGAAACAUACAUACUGUUUAUGUGUAUGUUGAGGAGCUGCUGUAUCAAAAUGAAUUGUCUUCCCCCAUAAAUUAGGAUUACGAUAUGUUUCUGUUACGAUUCCAUCCAUUCUUCUUUUGCUGUGGCUCAGCAUUUAAAUAACCUUUAUCAGAUUUGAUGGUUUAGUCACAGACUUUCCCAAAAAGUGUUUUCUUUCACAAAUGUGGGAAUGAAAUUGUGUUAAAAUGUGAAAAACAGUGAAAUUUAUCUUGCCUGGCCGGCAGCUCUCUGGGUGCUCAGCACCCUAAACCUCUGAUCCUACAAUCGCCCCUGCUGGGAGCUGUGUUAUCCGGAGCGUUCAGCUCCUGGUAACGACUCCCAUGGUAAACUGGUCCCAGGUGAUGAUCCAGACUAAGAGUGAUUUAACAUCUAACAGCUCUCUGUGACUGCUGCUGUUUGUAUAGAACUGAACGUGUCCAUAUAUCCUGUAACAACAGCUCUGUUGACUCAAUGGUGAACAUGUUGUAUAUCCAGCAGCUUCACUAGUGGAAAAAUUAACUCAGAUAAUGAAGAGGAAGUAAAAAAUUUAAAUUACCAUGAAAUCAUAAUAAAUUACAAUAAUGAUAAAUACACAAUGAAAAAGAAGCAAAAAUAAGAAACUAAUGAAUUAGAGUUAAACAACAUGAUGAUGGGUUUUUAUGUUUGUAUAGUUACUGACCACUUUACAUUUUUUACAUUUUAAAUUUUUUUUAUUAACAUCAGUAAAAGUACAAGAGAGUUCAGGUUAGUAUCUGAGCAGGAGGAAUAUAGAAAUUGUUUGUAGCAGUGAAUGGAACUGAUAAACAAACAUGAAUCAGAUCAAAUUUCUUUUAACAGUUUGUUUUCUGAAGCACUGAAUCUAAAAGACAGAGAGACUGAUCCUGUUGAUACCUGAUCUCACCUGAAUCCUGCUGAACCAGAGAAACCACAACAAAUAAAAAGACCGGACCCUCA